UGUAUAAACAAAAAGAAACUAAAAAAUUCUCACUCACGCUGAAAGGAAAAAAAAGGGGAAUAAACAUUUUCUUUAGCAGACUGGCUCGUAGUUUGUGUUAUUAAAAGUUAAUCUGAAUUUUUAAUUAAAUUCCAACUAACUAAGAUUUUGCAACUGCUGCUAUUUGGUAGUGUCGUCAUCGUCGUCUUUACCUACUUAAGAUGGCGUUGGACAUGGGUGUACAAAUGAAUAGCAGUAAUGCUCUGACAUCAUCCUUAACUUCCAAGAAGAAGGAUGUUGCUGCUAACGCUGAUAAAGAAAACCUUUGGUCUUCAAUUUUAAGUGAAGUUCAAAAGCAAGGUAGCACAAAACUUCCCUCAAACAAAUCGGUUUUAGUAUUAGGCGAUAAUGCCACCGGAAAAACAACACUUAUAGCCAAGUUACAGGGCGUAGAGAAUCCGAAGAAAGGUUCGGGUUUGGAAUACGCUUAUAUCGAUGUUAAGGAUGAAUAUCGAGAUGAUAUGACACGUUUAAGUGUUUGGGUUUUAGAUGGCGAUCCAGGGCAUAAAAAUUUAUUACAUUUUGCCUUAAAUAAAAACAAUUAUACACACACUUUGGUUAUACUCACAGUAUCAAUGACACAACCUUGGUUUUGGUUGAAUCAGCUCACUCAUUGGAUCAAGGUAUUGUCGGAGCAUAUAGAGAGUUUACACCUGGAACCCGAAGAGAAACAGGAAGCACGGCAACGCCUUGUGGCAACAUGGCAGAGCUAUUGCGAAGUCGGCGAUGAUUUGGAUGCCGGAUCGCCCGUAAAACGCACGAUGAGAAACAGCUCUAUAGAUGAGGAUGAUUUAUUACCCUUAACAGAUGGAGCUUUGCUAACAAAUUUGGGCUUGGAUAUAGUGGUAGUGGUCACUAAGACUGAUUACAUGACCACAUUGGAAAAGGAAUACGAUUAUCGAGAUGAACAUUUCGAUUUUAUACAGCAAUGGAUAAGACGUUUUUGUUUGCAACAUGGCUCCUCACUGUUUUAUACAAGUGUUAAAGAAGACAAAAACUGUGAUCUCCUUUAUAAAUAUUUAACACAUCGAAUCUAUGGUUUACCAUUCCGUACCCCUGCCCUAGUCGUGGAAAAGGAUGCAGUUUUAAUACCUGCUGGGUGGGAUAGUUUAAAGAAAAUAGAAAUUUUAUGUGAGAAUAUGAAUUCUUGCAAAGAGGUGGAUUAUUAUACAGAUAUUAUAACACCACCGCCAUCUCGGAAAGCGGUUUCGAAUCGUGAAAUCGAAGUGCAAACUGAAGAUGAGCAGGCGUUUUUGGCGAGACAGCAGGAAAUCAUUAAACAAAGUGUACAAGUGCGGGGUGAAUCGCCUUUACGUUCGCAGGCUAGCAAGGCUAUGCCUCGAACUCCAGGCUCCGCAGGCCAAAGUUCACCGAAAAAGAUGGAGGCGAAAUUAAACACUUCCACUCCUGGUACUGAAGGUGUUUUGGCUAAUUUCUUUAAUUCAUUAUUGCACAAAAAAUCUGGUACACCCGCUACACCGCCUUCUGCCAUUAGCACACCACGCACCAAUGGCUCGGAUAGUCUAUUGACGGCCGACAAACUAUCCGUACGCACAGAUGCUGCUGCCGAAUUAGAUCGUUUAGCGAGGAGCGUUAAAAAGGACGUUGAUUUUACCCAAAGCGAUUGUUAAACCUUUUAAGCAAAACCUCUUUGGAAGCUGG